AUGGUUUGUAUAUAAUUUAAUAUCAUUAAAAUCACGCCAAUAAGAAUAUUAUAAUAAGGUAAAGUAAUUUUGUCAAAUAAAUUAAUGAUACCAAGCAAUUAAGAGAUCUCAAAAUAUGAACUAUACAAUCCAAAAUUAAACAAAUUUUCAGCAUAUAUAAAUGAGUUUUCAAUUUAAUUAAAAAAUAGAUUUAAUGAAUAAUUGCUCAAUUUUACUAAUUCAAAUUGUUAAAUUAUGGAAUCUAUAAUUGAUAUUAAAAAAUAAGAUAGAUGA